AUGUUAGCCUCACGCGGUCGUGAGCAAGAAGAGUGCCCUCCAGGGAUCGAUCAUCGAGGAGGGUUCUGUCGCUCAUUUCUGAAGAGGAGAAGCGUAUCGAGGGCGUCCGACGACCAAGUUUUCGACCAUCAUUGCCAGCACAAAUCACAAAUCGUCACCCGUCGCGGAGCCCAGGAUUGCUCCCCUCUACCACGAUAA